CGCGCUCACCUUGUUCUCAAAUGUCACCUAUACCCGAUAUCCCUGGCGAGCUCGUACACCCAAACUCGGACCAGGGCUUAUGGCUGAAGGCGCAGGUUGCGCGUCUGUGCCACCUCGACAAUGACAGGUUCCCCGGCAGUCAACCAAUUAGUUUCGGUGAAAGGAACCUCGCAGAUCUUGAAAAUGACGACUUUUGGGUCUGCGAGAAGUCGGACGGCAUUCGGGUCCUGCUGCUCAUCUUGACGAACCCGGAGACCCAGGAGCAGAUAACAUGCCUGAUCGAUCGCCACAAUACGUACAGAAAGGUUGAGGGCUUCUACUUCCCCCACUUCGAGAAACUGGCGAUUCCUAUACGAAGUACUCUCCUGGACGGUGAACUCGUCCUCGACGUCGAUCCCGUCACCAAGACGGAGACCCUCCGCUACCUGGCGUUCGACUGUAUGGUUGUCGACGACCAGUACAUCAUGAACAAGCCCCUGGACAAGCGCUAUGGCAGACUUAGCGAUUGGUUCUACAAGCCGUACGCCACCAUGUUGAGUGACCAUCCGGAUCAGGCCAACCUGCAGCCGUUCCACAUACAGGUCAAGAAGAUGCACGCCGCAUAUCAGGUCUCGCAAGUCUUCGACGAAGACAUCCCGAAACUACAGCAUGGCAACGAUGGCCUCAUAUAUACCAAGGUCGAGGCGCCUUAUACCCCGAAUACGGAUAGAAAUAUCCUCAAGUGGAAGCCGCCAUCGGAGAACUCCAUUGACUUCAAGCUCGUCGUGCGAUUUCCACCAAGUCCUAGCAAUCCUGGACUGCCCGACUUCUUCGCGAAGCCUGUCUUUGCUCUGCAUGCUUGGUAUGGCGAUGAGCGAGGAAUGUCGAAGUACGAGCUCUAUGAUCAACUCUACGUGACAGACGAAGAGUGGGAGAGCUUGAAGGAGAGCGGCGUACAGGUCGAUGACCGGAUCGUCGAGGUUCAUUGGGACUCGGAAUUGCAGAAGUGGCGAAUGAUGCGCUUCCGAGAUGACAAGCCCAAUGGCAACCAUAUAUCGGUCGUGGAGAACAUCAUCCGAAGUAUCGCGGAUGGUGUAGAGAAGGACGCACUCCUGUCCAGGACACAAAGGAUACGCCACACAUGGAAAGAACGACAAGCGCGACCAAAACCGCCUGUAGCACGACCGGCUGCCCCACGACCCGCUGCGCCUAGUGCGGUCAUACGAUAUGGUCCUCUGGCCUCGUCCCCGUGGAGCAAAGUGGGCGGCCCCGCAGUCAUCGCCGGCAUGAAGCGAUGAUGCUCCCGUCCCUGCCUCUCACGGCGGUGCGAGCACGCCCAGCGCGGACCGAACGCACGCAUGGGCCCGCUCUUCCUCGUCCAUUGGCCCCUGCGCCCAGCACGCCGUGGCUCCUCGUACAAAGUGCGGAUGCGGCUUUCGACUUUCCGCCCCCG